AUGAUGAUUGAUCGGAUAAUUUGUCGGAUUUGGAGGACUCAUAGCCGAAAUACAAGAAAAGAAGUUGAGAAAGUAAAAGAGAAAGAUGAUUAUUGGAUUUUCUGGAUGAAAUCCUUUUUUAACGAUAUAAAAAAAGAACCGAGUAGAAAUAUAUCAUCAAAGCCUUGGUUCGAUCCUAAAGAAGUAACAGUUGUAUUUGUUCUUGGUAGGCCAGGUUCAGGUAAAGGGACUCAAUGUGCACAAUUAGUUAGGGACUAUGAUUUUGUACAUUUAUCAGCAGGAGAUUUGUUAAGACAAGAACAAGCUCGUCCAGGAUCAGGAUAUGCUAAUAUGAUUCAACAAUCAAUGCAGAAUGGACAGAUUGUUCCAAUGCAUGUAACGAUCUCUUUGCUUAAAGAUGAAAUGAUUCAAUCAGUGACUCGAGGAAAAAAAAGGUUUUUGAUCGAUGGAUUUCCAAGAAAAAUCGAUCAAAUGCUGGCUUUUGAAAAAAAUGUUUGCCCUUGUAAAUUUACACUAGACUUUCACUGUUCAGAAUCUAUUUUAAUUGAACGAUUAUUAGCAAGAGGACGGCGAGAUGAUAAUAUUGAUACAAUUCGAAAACGAUUCAAAACACAUCAAGAAUUAACUGUUCCGGUUCUUGAAUAUAUGGAAAAACAGGGAAAACUAAUUCGAGUUGCAUGUGAAAAUAGCAUUGAAAGUACAUAUCAAGAAACUUUAGAUCAAAUAGAGCCCUUUUUGAAAUUAUUAUCAUAA